AUGUCACUGGUUCAGGACCUCGUUUUGAUAAUUACGGGCAGCUCGUCUGGAAUCGGACUCGCAACUGCUACUGCAGCUUUGGAUAACGGAGCGAAGGUGUUGGGCGUCGAUGUCUCAUCCGCCCCUGACUCCCUGAGUAGAAACUCGAAUUUCAAGUUCUUGGAGGGUGAUCUCACUGAUGAGAACGUAACCAAGCAUGUGGUUAAGGCAUGUAUUCGGGAGUUCGGCGGGCGCAUUGAUGGGCUGUUGAACAUUGCCGGAAUCAUGGACAACAAUGGCAGUGUGGAUAGCCUCUCAAAUGAGAUGUGGGAUCGGUGCAUUGCAGUUAAUCUGACCGCUCCUGUGAGAUUGAUUCGCGAGGUUAUCCCCACUAUGCGAGAGCAGAAAAGUGGCAGCAUCGUGAAUGUCGGUAGUAAGGCGGCUACUAGUGGCGCCGCAUCUGGUGUUGCCUACACAGCGAGUAAACAUGGAUUAAUGGGAGCGACAAAGAAUGUGGCUUGGAGAUACAAACAGGAAGGGAUUCGUUGUAACGCUGUGUGCCCGGGAGGUGUUCCAACUGGUAUUGUCCAGGCAUCAGACCCUACAAGUUGGGAUAGAGCCGCGAUGGAAAGCAUGGGACCAGUCCACCAGGCACAUGCCGCAGAUCGGUCGAAGGGACUCGGUGUUGAAACCGACGAUAUUGUCCAAUGUAUUCUGUUUCUUGUGUCCAGUACGAGUAAGAGGAUCAAUGGGGCUAUUAUUCCAGUCGACAAUGCCUGGUCGGUGAUUUAG